UCGGGCGGCGCGGCGGAAGUGACGCACCGGGCUCCCUUCUCGGCGACUGGAGCGGUGUGGCGGGGCUGCGGCGGGUCCUUUCCCCUCACGGUUCCUUCCUUCCUUCCUGCCGCCAUGUCCGCGCCCGGAGGAGGAGGAGGCGGCGGCGGAGAGUUUGGCAACCCGCUGCGCAAGUUCAAGCUGGUCUUCCUGGGCGAGCAGAGCGUUGGAAAGACCUCCCUGAUCACCAGAUUUAUGUAUGAUAGUUUUGACAACACUUACCAGGCAACUAUUGGAAUUGAUUUCCUCUCAAAAACUAUGUAUUUAGAAGACCGUACGAUCAGGCUUCAGCUUUGGGACACAGCCGGCCAGGAGAGGUUCCGCAGCCUCAUUCCCAGCUACAUCCGGGACUCUGCUGCGGCUGUGAUUGUCUUUGACCUGACAAAUCUAAAUUCCUUCCAACAAACCUCCAAGUGGAUCGAUGAUGUGCGAACAGAAAGAGGAAGCGAUGUCAUCAUCAUGCUGGUGGGGAAUAAAACCGACCUUGCAGACAAGAGACAAAUAACUACAGAAGAAGGCGAGCAGCGAGCUAAAGAACUGAGUGUGAUGUUCAUCGAGACCAGUGCAAAGACUGGCUAUAAUGUGAAACAGCUUUUCCGCCGUGUGGCUGCCGCUUUACCUGGGAUGGACAGCACUCCUGAGAAAAGCAAAGAUGACAUGAUCGACAUCAAACUAGAGAAACCUCCUGAGCAGCCAGUAUCAGAGAGCGGCUGCUCCUGCUAAAAGAGAUCCCGUUGUGCAGCGACUCCUUCCCGAUUGGCCAGUCCGAUCUCACCGAAGAGCAUCCCUUUUCAUUGACAAGAGAAGUGUAACUUUCCUGAGGGCCAAAACCCCAGGUCUGAUAUGCAUUUGAGCCCCCCUCCCUGUACUGCGGACAGCCUUGGCUGCUCCUUCCCUACUGCAUGGUGUGACUCCUCCAAUGUGUCCUGUCCCUUGUUGGUUGUUGCACUUGGGUGCUGUGGCACUCUUUUUUUUACUAGGUUUCCUAUUGUGCGUGUGUUCACCUCGCUGUGUCGUCCUAUGAGGGGGAAAGGGGAGGAUACAGCAAAGGAGCUAGUGGAGCUGGGGCAUCCCCCGCUUCUUUACUCUUGCUUUGGAUUUGCCCCUCUUUCCAGAGGUUGCUCCUUUGGUUGGAUUUGGCCAUAGUCCUUCCUGCAGGAGGAAGCGCCAUGCAAAGUCCAGUGCUAGCUUCCUGCAAAGGGCAUGCUGCCACUGGCCACACACUCUCCUGUCUGUCCUUCUUCCCGGAGGAUAGAGAGGAAGGGCAACAAUAGCUCUGAAUCUGUCUUUGUUUCUACUUUCAACCUCCCCCCUUUGUCUCUAGAUUGGCUUAGUUACCUUUAGUUACAGAAAGCCUGCCCCUUUUUCUGGAGGAUUUUAGUGCUUAGUCAACACAAAUGAGGGCAGCAGAUAAAACUGGACUGAUCAGAGACCUUAUGUUGGAAACCUGGUUCCUGCAUAGUGACAAAAAAGGGAGUCUCAGUAUUAGGAGAUUAGGUAUUCUCAACUACCGUCUCUUGUACCUCUACUUUAUUUUUCCUCCUCCCCCAGUGCAUUCAGCAAGAUCUCUUUCUGAAGGAGCUGUGAACCUCACUGUUUCUAGCUGAAUUAAAACAGGGACAUGUAAAAUGCCAGGAGCUGCUAUUUUUGUAUAAUUUAUCACUCGUGUCUCAUUUUAAAUAUGCAAAGUGCUUUUUACAUGCUUCAUAGCUCCAUUCUUGUAUUUUUUUCCCCAAUGGCUAUGAACAAGCACAUUCCUACCACUGUUGGGUGAGUCCAUGUCUAACUAUAGGUAGGACUCUCAUUUGAAUUAUAUUUUUUCAUUCUAUUGGGCUCACCUGGCCUUCAGAGUUGAAAGUGGAUGACAUAGUUACUCCCCUUGAACUGGUCCAGCCACUGUAUAUGAAGUGAUACAUAGUUAAAUAGAUAUAUAGGAUUUUGUGUUCUGGUGUAAUUCUCCUCCUCCACAACUUGCUUUGACAAAUUAUUUUUAUUAUACAAAGGAAGAUACUUCAAGCUGUGUCUGACAUCUGCUUGCUCUGCAAAAGAGUGACUUGUAUACUGAAAGUUUUUAGAGGACAAAAACUUAGAAUGUGUUCUGAAAUACCUCUCCCAUCUUAUGAUUGCAAACCUUCUCAAGGUACAAAUUGUCCUGGGAGACAAAUGGAUGACGUUGGUCAUGGAAUGGUAUUUGUUGGUUAAAUAACCCACUCUGUUUCGUUUGAGAUUUUCACCUGUUUCAAUAGCUCCAAAAUGUAGCCCGUAGGUUCAUACUCAUUCCUAAACUUUUGAAACUAAUCUUGGGGAACCUUCUGCCCACAUGUGUAUAGCCAUGGGAUAAGAUUUGACUUUGCAGGGGGGAAAAAGACCAACUGUCUCUGCUGGGUACAGUCUAAAGUCUGGACCCAACUUCCGUAAUCCCACAGUGAGCCCACUUGGAGGACUGUAGAGUAGGGGUCACUGCGGCAGGCACCUUCAUUAUUAUGAAGGAAAAUAAGAGCAAGGCAUUUUCUAUAUCUCUGGUUUCACUCUGGUUUGGAAUGAAGGAUACGUCUUUCCUGUUACUAUAGGACUUAAUUAUUGACUUAUCACAUCAGUCUGUUCUGCCAAGUUUUAGCAAGGCUAGGACAAAAAUAUGUCUUUUGACUUGGCCAGAGAAGCUUUUAUUUCAGAAGGUCCAAAGGAAUGCACUAAAGAAAGCUCUGCCCCAUCAACACUAGAAAAGGCCCCUCUUUCCACAUCAGAAGGUUUCUUUGUGUGUUUGUGGCAAAAGAAGAGAUACCUAUGUCUUGGGUAUGUUAGCAGGGCCUUCUCCCACAAAGUGGGCUCCCAUUUUCAGAUUCUGAAGUGCAUGUUAUCCUCUCUAUUCAGUGUUUAGUGGUUAGCAUCUUUCCUUUUUUAUAAUGCCAUUUCUCCCUGUAUCUGCUCACUUUCUUUCUUUCUGGUUCUCAACUAUGGGUCUCCAAAUGUUUUGGCCUACAACUCCCAGAAAUCCCAGCCAGUUUGCCAGCUGUUAGGAUUUCUGGGAGUUGAAACCAAAACAUCUGGGGACCCGCAAGUGGAGAACGACUAUGAUAGACUGUUAUUUACUUAGCAGUUGCAUGGCCACUUUAUUGUUGUGUAAUUAAAGAAGCUUUACUUGUCAUGUUUUUCUUAUUUUUGUUGAAAGUAUUAUAGCAAAUACAAAGUAUCAGCAGGGUGCAACAUAGAUUCUUCUAAAUAGAAAUGAUACUGCAAGUAUUUUGGAUCUUUUAGUACAUGUUUAAUUAUUUCCACCCCCAAAUAUGGCUACUGCUCUCAAAUAAGAAGGUCCCACUUCUUCUUUUUGACCCAAAGGAAAUACUGUUGCAAAUAGAUGGUGCUGGAGCUGCACUAGUAAGAUGAGCAUUGGUACUGUUUUAAGUCUAGCUUCUUCACAGAUGUGGCUCACAAAGGUAACAUCUGCAUUAGGCAGUUACCCCAUUCCAGGCAUCCAUCUUCUCCUUUUGUGACAGGAAAGCAUUGCGGGUUUUAGCAUUGUAGUAUUCUGUGUCCUGAUGCUAUCCUUCGCCUCCUCUUGUCUGUCAGAUUUCGAGAUCCCAGGUCUGUGACCAAUCCCUUGAGCCUCGGAGCCCACGAUCAACCGUACUUUGAAAUUCCAGUUCUUCCUUUUAAAGCAUUAACUAAAUAUAUGUGUGGGCUUUCUUUCUUUUCUUUUUUUUGGUCAAUCGCAAUCUUCUUCUAUCUCAAAAGCUUUGGAUAGGUAAGUGUACAAAAUUCCCAGUUCCUAUUCUGGUAGGAUCUGCCACAUCUGUGACUCCUGUGGCAUUCUAUUCUAUUCUAUUCAUCUGUCUGAGCGCAGAUACCCGAGACAUUAAGAAUGAACUUUUUCUCCCUCUUCUUUCUCCUGAAUAAUCUUUCCAGCAGAACAACUAGGCCUAAGGACCUGGACUCACCCUGUGUAUAUAUGGCCCCUGUUGUGUGGAAAUUGCUGGUGUCCUGUCUGUGUCUGUUUCUCUCUUUCUUCCUCUCUCCAGUUGAACUGGUGCCGCUCUCCCUUUUGCACUGGCAGCCCAGUCCUGCCGCUGCUGUCGUGGCAUCCUCUCAAGACACGAUGGAAACUUGCAUUUCCAGAAAAUCGGGAUUUUAAAGAAAAUAUACAUAAAUGUUUAUGGGGAGGGAUGGGGCGUGGGGCAGGCAGCAGGGGAAACCUAGUGAAGGGCACCGUCCCGUUUCCACUGCCUUCUCUGUGGAUGUGUACCAUAUUUGAGUGUGCGUUGUUGGCUCUGCUGUCUCCUAGCCGUUAGCCACGUAGGUGACUCUUAAUAUAUUGAAUAUUGACUGUCGAGAUUACAGCUGUGUAUCACACUAAAUAAAGUUAAUUUCACCACG